GGGAACCAGUUGGACGGGCGAUUGGCAGACUGGCAGAUAACUAAGUGCGCACCUCACCCACCUCGGCAUUACGUCUCGUUGUGCGUGCUGUAAAAUAAAAAUAACACCGCCUCGCCUCGCUUCCAACAAGAAAAACAUUCUCGAUAAGGAAAAAAUAAAAACAGUCGCGGCGCACACCUCGGACCGAGAGCUACGCGAGAAGGCAGUGCCGCAGUGAGCUCACUCCGGCGGAAUCCCAGUCCCCAGUGCCAGUGCCAGUCAGAGUCCCAGUUCCAGCCAGAAUGCCCGAUAACAGCAACAAGUUCUGCGCCAGCAAUGAUGUUCGCAUUCCCAGCUGGAUCAACGAGGCCUACUUCAAGCGGCUUCUGAAGCGGGAAUUCAGGGAGUUUCGACGCAUCCUCAACCUCUCAAUCAUACCAGCCACUCCUCCUGGGGAGACCUAUACCUCGCUCCUAAUGCGUAUCGUCAUCGAUAUAGAGAUGAAAGAUGGCUUCUCGCAACAAAAGUCUUACAUAGUAAAGACCAUGCUGGACGAUGUUAGGGGAAAUGGUGGCUUUGUCAACACUUUGAAUAUCUUUCCCAAGGAGAAGAUGAUGUACGAGACAAUAAUUCCGCAGCUGGAGCAGCUCUAUGAGGAGGCAGGACUCAUGGUGAAAUUUGCGCCCAAGUGCCACUGGGCGGAGGAGCUCAAUGGAAGGAUCUGUCUGGUGCAGGAAGAUUUGAGGACCAAGAAGUACGGGAAUAUCAGCCGCCUCAAGGGUUUCGACAUGGCCCAGAUGCAUCGUGUCCUGGAGAAGCUGGCCGAGUUCCAUGCGGCCAGUGCCGUGUGGCGCCAACGUAAUGGACCCUUUCCCGAGGACUUUCAGCGUACUUACCUGCCCGCCAACUACAAUAAAUCCAAGUCGUAUCAGGCACGAGUCCAGAGCUACAAGGCGGCCAUGGCCAGCUGGGGUCUCGCCGAUCACGAGCAGUAUGUGAAUCGCAUCCCCACGGCUGAUCAGUUUGUGCAAUCCUAUGCCCGCUGCUUCAACAAUAAUCCGCAGGAGUUCAAGGUCCUGAAUCAUGGAGAUUUCUGGUCAAGUAACAUAAUGCUAAGCUAUACCCAGUCCGGGGAGAUCAACCAGCUGCGCUUUGUGGACUUCCAGCUCUGCAAGUGGGGCAGUCCCGCCCAGGAUCUGUGGGAGCUGAUCAUUGGCUCGGCCAAACACAGUAUAAGGAUCCAGCACUUUGAUUGCUUCAUAAGGAUAUACCAUAGUCACCUGGUGCGAUGCCUGAAGAUCCUUAAUUACGGCGAAAGGAUGCCCAUGCUCAGGGAGCUACAUAUGAAAAUGAUUAAAUACGGAUUUUGGGGUUACUUUACCACGUUUACCCAUUUGGUGUUCAUCCUUUUGCCCGUGGACACGGAAGCCAGUCUGAUGAAGCUCACGCAGCCUGGGGAGGAAGGAGAUCGCUUCCGGUCUAAGCUCUACACGAAUCCCCUCUACGUCAGGGCUGUGCUCAGUAUAUUCCCCUUCCUCUACAGACGUGGCAUUCUGGACUUUUAAAGAUACUCGACUUCUAAUUCACAGGAGUUUUUAUUGAUUUUACAAACUACGUCUUAUUUAAUGCAAUAUUUAUGCGAAUUAUUGUUAAAUUCUGUGAAAGUGAAAACUGGAACAAUGUCGCUUUCAUUUGUGUACAUAUCUACUCUUACUGUAUCUAUAUCUCUAAAGGAACACAUAUGCGGCAACUUUGACUAUCUUGAAGAAUAAUCUUUUGUUUAGCUAGCAACAAAGUCUGUUAAUAUUUCUUAAA